AGGUCAAUCUAUGGGCCAAUAGUAAGUAAGUAAGUAAGUAAAUAUUCUUUAUUGCACCACAAAGAAGACAAAUUAAAAAAAAAAACAGAUUUACAAUGUAAAGAAAGGUAGCAACAGGCGGUCUUAUCGCUGUAAGCGAUCUCUUCCAGACAACCUUAGGGUAGCAGGAUAUAAAGAACAGUAAGUUUUUAGAACAGGUAGUGCACGAAUGAAUUAGAGGAAUAGGAAAAUUACACAUACAUCAAGCAGACAGUACAUACAGUACAUCUACAAUUUAAAUAAACAUAUAAAUAUAACAAUACAUACCUAUAUUAAAAUAAAUAAAUAUUAGAUACAUAUCUAAAUAUACAUACAUACAUACAUAAUAUAACACAGCGGCACAUUAAGAAAGAGACAAGUAAUGAUUUUUCAGUAGGGUUUUAAAGCUUUGAAGAGUUUUCGCACACCUAAUAUCUAAGGGCAGGCUGUUCCACAGCCGAACAGCUCGAAAAGUGAAAGAGUCAGUAUAAUAUUUUGUAGAGGAUGGAGGGGGAACAAGUAGAUAUUUCCGUGAAGGCCUGACGGAGGAGAGAUAUGUAAAACGCUCUUUAAGAUAUGGGGGAGUAGAGGGGUUGAAAAGAACGCUAUAAAGAAGAUUGAGAAUAUGAGAAUUACGACGAAGACGUAUAGGGAGCCACUUGAGCUGGACACGGAAGUUGGAAAUAUGGUCAAAUUUGCGAAGUCCAAAUAUAAAUCUAAUACAGAGAUUUUGCAAGCGCUCAAGUUUGUUGAGCUGGUCCUCAUUAAGAUCCAGAUAACUGAUGUCAGCAUAGUCUAGUAUAGGCAUAAGAAGGGAUUGUGCAAGCGCAAUUUUGGUGGCUAAUGGCAAGAAGUUACGUAGUCGGCGAAGUGAACCCAUUGAAGCAAACAUCUUUCUGCUUACCUCGCCAAUCUGGGGUAUCCAAGAUAAAGUACGGUCUAUUAUGAUUCCUAGGUUUUUAACUUGAUGUGAGAAGGGAAUGUGAACACCAUCAAACAUUACGUCAGGUAGCAGAGAAAAAUCAAUCCUAGGAAUUAAUUUAGAACUACCUACAAUUAUCGCUUGGGUUUUACUUGGGUUGACCUUAAGCCCAUAUCGCCUACUCCAGUCUGAGAUGCAAUCCAAGUCACGAUUUAUGGAGUUGAUAAUUAUAGGUAGAUUGCUAAUGAUGCCUUGAGAAUAAAUUUGGAGGUCGUCGGCAUAAAGGUGGUAUGAUGAAGAGAUACUACUGGUAAUGGAAUUUAUGAAAAUAGAGAAAAGAAGAGGAGACAGCACGCCACCCUGCGGAACGCCAGCCAGCGUGCUGCACCACGAAGAACGAAGAGAAUCAACCUUAACGCGUUGUCGACGACCUUUUAAGUAACUAAUAAACCAAUCAAUCACCGCAGGAGAUAUGUUAAGAGAAUGCAGAAUACCGAGCAGAACGUCAAAAUCAACAGUGUUUUUCACAUAUUGAACGUUGUGAACGUAUAAAACAUCAUGAAGAUCAUGAUCAAAGAGAGCCUAGAACGCUUAAACUAAGUGCGCGUAGCGUGUACUAUCAAAAUCUUCAUCUUUGUAAGAUUUUUCAGUCUUGGAUUUGUUUCAAAAUAACCUGCAUGCAAGUAUAAAUAAGAAACGUUAUUACGACCUUGAAGACUAUGACGCCACAUUUGCUAUACCGUGGUCGGUGCAGAAGUGGGUGGGGCUGCGGCUGACGAAGACCGAUCCGCCUCAUGUCAGAAUAUUCUGGGACACAUACUACUGGCUGGAGAACCUCAAUCUGUGGCUGGCGGCCGUCCUGGAGCUCAUCUACAUGGUGGUACGGAGCACCGAAUACGUGGAGAUAUUCCUGUCCAUGCCAUGCCUGUGUAACCUGCUUUUAGCGAUAUUUAAGUCGUACAAAAUGGUGGUCUACCGACCAGUGUUCAACAACCUGGUGUGGGAGCUGAGGACGAUGUGGCCUCAGGGAACUGUCACCGAAGAAGAGGACCGUAUAGUAAGCAGGACACUCCGGAGUCUCAAUAUGGUCGUCAAAGGCUACUACUGGUGCAACAUCCUCCUAGUGUUGAUCUUCCUGUCCCCGUCUUUCGUGGCCCUUGGAUAUCGAGCUGCAGGCCACGACACAUCUCUCAUCCUGCCGUACUGGUACUGGUACCCUUUCGAUCCUUACGAAGGUGGUCUAGGGUAUGCGUUUGCUUUAGCCUUUGAGGAUUUCCAUGGUUGUAGUGCCAUUUGCUUCAUGGUGAUGGGAGACCUACUGUUCUGCAUCUUCUUGAGCCACAUUUCAAUCCAGUUCGAUCUGCUUGCCGUUCGUAUACAGAAACUCGUACCAACGAUUGAACCUAAACAUCGCUUGAGUGCAUUUACCACUGAACAAAUGCGCAGAGAAAACUGUAAUUCCCCGGAAUGGGAGAAAACACAUCUGAAAGAGUUGGCUGCCAUCAUAGAUAGGCAUCGGGCCCUGAUCAGACUUUCGGGUGACGUUGAAGAAAUGUUCAGCGGUGCGCUUCUCCUCAAUUUCCUCAAUAGCUCCAUGAUCUUCUGUUUCUGCGGGUUCUGUUCCGUCAUAGUGGAGAAAUGGAACGAGUUUAGCUACAAGUCGUUUCUCGUCACGGCGCUCGCGCAGACCUACCUCCUGUGCGCUCACGGACAGAAACUGAUCGACUCUAGUAAAGGAAUAACCAACGCACUGUACAACUGCCUCUGGUACAACGCAUCUAAGAAAGUCAAGGGUUCGGUCCUUAUUACGAUGCAUAGGUCCCAAAAAGAAAUCCACGUCACGACUUACGGCUUCUCGGUCAUCAACAUGGCGAGCUACGCCACGAUACUCAAGACGGCCUGGUCAUAUUUGUCACUUCUUUUAAAUGUUUAUAAAUAAAGAUUUAUAUAAUAAUAAAGGAGCAAACAUGCAUAAUUAUAA